UUGACCGACUGUACGUAGAGCCAUCAUGUCGGGAAUUUAAAAGGUUUUUAGAGGAAAUACAAGUGCCAAAGGUUACGAAAACAAGACGAUGGUUUCGUCAAUAGUGUGGCGAGUAUAUUGUAGAUCAAACUAGAUUAUAUAAGCGGCAUCGAUAAGGCCGAAAAUCACUUUGUGAAGAGGAUAGUGCGAAUCUCAAGAAAAGACUGAUAAACAGCAGACGUCGUGUUGAUAAUGUUAUUAUUUACUUCGAUAACUCUGGCGAUCGCGGGACAUUUACACGCGAUACCGACGACCAUGUCUCAACACUCUCAAGAAAACCCAAUCGAAGAUAGUAUUUACGUCAAAAGGCAGGAGUGGCACGCGCGUCCUCCCUUAGAGACGAAACCAUUAAGCACCCCAGUCCCAUACGUGGUCAUCCACCACUCUUACAUCCCACCAGCUUGCAAGAACCUGGUCGAAUGCAGCUACGCCAUGAGGGCUAUGCAGAGCAUGCAUAUAGACCAGAACAAGUGGUGGGACAUCGGAUACAAUUUCGCGGUAGGCAGCGACGGAAAAGCAUACGAGGGCCGAGGUUUUACCAUAUUAGGCGCACACGCCAAACACUUUAACACUCACAGCAUCGGCAUAUGUUUGAUUGGAAACUGGAAUGAUACCCUGCCCCCCUCACAUCAGCUAGAGAAAACCAAAGCCCUUAUCCAGUACGGAGUAGACCAGGGCUUCAUCCGAGAAGACUAUAAGCUGGUCGGUCACCGACAGGUCCGUCCUACCGAGUGUCCUGGGCAAACUUUAUACGACCAUAUAUCAACGUGGCCGCAUUUUGACGGUACCUUAGACUUAGCUACGAAUUUUGUUGAAGAUGAAGUCAAACCUAAACUUAUAUUUUCCCACUAGGCAAAAUCAUAAAUGAUACCUACACUCAAACCACUAUGCGCGUAUACGCGCGUUAAAUAUUAACACUUUCAAGGACAGCACGUCUACGGACGUUCCGAGUCCAAAGUGUCAUACUACCUAUUAUAAACCAUCAAUGACCCAUGGUCUCUGUCCGUGAAAAGGUUAAUAUUAUUCUCUAUUUCACAGUUUAUUGUACACAAUAGGAUAUAAAAACAAUGAGACACUUUCCAAGCUACGUUACCCAAAAAAAAAAUAUAAAUGGCGUUGCGUCAUUAUUACCUAUUUUCUCAUUUCUCGGGUACUUACAAUGUAAUAGCAGAAGCAUAUA